CGCCGCUGUCCAGCCAGUUUGCCGGAGCACUUGUGAGGGAUAGACGUACGCACCUCGCAGCCCGCGCUCGCUCUCUCAGCGAAAAACUUUAAUACUUACCUAAGUGUGUUGAAACAUCAAAGACACACUUCAAGAUCAUCAUGGACUCAUCAAUUCCAGUGAAAUUUUCGUCUUUACAAAGUUUGUAAAGUUUCUAUGAACGUUUUAUUGUGCAAUUUGUGGAUUUUCUUUAUCUCUGUAUCGUACGUCAAGGUGUAACAAAAACACGAGUGAUAUUGUUAAUUCUUUAAAUCGAAACAGAAGACAUUCCGUUGGCCGACAGUUUGAAUUUUCAGUUUUUCUUGUUUUACGAGGACGCAUUCGAGUAGCGUGUUAAAAAGAGACAAAAUGAGGCACAGGCGCAUAGGAGCGACAGGUGUGGCGGCUUUAGCGGUUCUCCUGGCUAUAACAGGAUGUUCAGCACAAGAUCUGAGGAUAUUUCCAGUGCAGAAACAGCAGACAGUGGCGGUGGGCAAAUCUGUGGUGCUAACCUGUCAGGCUGAUGCUCCUGAUCCUGGACUGGUCACGCAACCGCAAUGGAAAAAUCCUAAGGGUCUCGUCAUCAAUGAAGCCGCUCCAGGUACCCGACCGGAGAUCUACACGGAAGCUCAACCAGCGAAGCAAUCUCAACUAUUGUACAUUUCGUCGAUAACUCCUGCAAUGGCGGGAAAUUACACCUGUGUCGCUGCUUACGCUAAUAUACCUCUUAGCGACAGCGUCGUUUUAGAUACUAUCGUGGCAAUCACAUGGACAAACGCAAAUGAGAACCAAUACGCGACUAAGGGCAAGGAAUUCAAAGUCAUGUGCGAGGUGACUGCUGAACCUGCUCCAUCAGUAGAUUGGUUCAAAGAGGGAACACCGAUUUCAACUGGAGACAGAUACGUUAUCCAUACCAACGGUCUUUUGAUAAAGAACGUUGAAGAAAGCGAUGAUGGUACUUACACAUGUCGGGCUAUUGUGAUUCAAACUGGUGAACUUGCUGAGAGAAACAUAAGAGUAGAGGUCUACACGGCACCAGAAAUGGAAAAACGUGAGUUGCAAGUAGAAGUGAAGGAAGGCGAAACAACUUCAAUUAUGUGUAAAGCUAGGGGCAAGCCUCCUCCGAAAUAUUCUUGGAUCAAAGCAUCUACUCGCGAAAACUUGGCCGGAGCAUCCCGAUUCAAAGUGAAUGAGAUCACUGGUCAGCUAACUUUUGAUAGAGUCGAAGCUGGUGACUACGGCAAAUACAUUUGCAGUGCGGUCAAUCAGGCGGGCCAAAACGAAACCGAAAUUAAUGUGGAAGUACUUGUACCGCCUAGAAUAUUUGAACUGUAUAAUAUCACUGCCGAUUUAAAUGCAGAAGGAAGACUAGAAUGCAAAGCUACUGGAAGACCAUCGCCGAGAAUUAGUUUCAGAAAAUUGAGCAAUGCAGAUCCUUUCGUUACAGGGUCUAAUGACAACGGAAGAAUCACAAUAGAAAUAACUGAACGUCAAACAGGUGACCAAAUGCAAACGCGUGGAAUAAUUAGUAUUUCAAAGCUGAACAGAACAGAUGAUGGCUUGUAUGAGUGUCUUGCGGAAAAUAAUGCUGGUCAGGCAAGAAAGAACGGUCACUUGACUGUCCAAUUCCCGCCAUCCUUUAAUCACAUGCCCGACGUGCCAAUUUGGAGUUGGAAUGGACAACCAGUCAACCUUACUUGCAUUGCUGAGAGCAUUCCCAACGCAACUAUUAAAUGGAAGUUUCACGAAUAUGACCUUAUCGAAAAUCCUCAUGUUAGAAUUUAUGGAGCUGGUCCUAUCAGCUACGUUACUGUGACUCCAUUAGACCCAGGUCUAUAUGGAAACUACAGAUGUAUUGCUACAAAUAAACUGGGAGAAGCCGAGCACGUCAUACAAUUUAGACAGGCUUUCCCUCCUGCAGCAGUUGUUCAAGCAAGACAAGACAUAAUAACAGCUACUUCAGUGUCAUUUAACAUCGUUGGUCCAGCAGAAGAUAUGGGUCCACCAAUUCUUGCAUAUACAGCCCAAUACAAAGAGAAUGCUAAUUUUGAUUGGAACCUCGCUAUGAACAGAACUUGGUCGGUAAAUUCUCCGUACAUUGUCGAGAAUCUUCGACCAAUGUUUAAAUAUGACUUCCGAUUUGCUGCUGUAAACCAAGUGGGAGCUGGUCCGUGGGGUUCUCCCCUCACUGUUAUAAUGCCAAGGAGAUCUCCACCAGAACAGCCAAAAUGGAGAGAGGAACAUAUUACUUCGGAGUCGCUUAUACACGGAAAAUAUGCAGACAGAUACGAAUUACAGUGGAGGGUACCAGCACAUAAUGGAGAACCCAUCGAUAUGUAUGAAGUAUCGCAUUGUCCAGUACUAAAAGUAAGCGGCGAAUGGCGAGUAGCUGAUGAAAGUCAAUGUGAAAAAGAAGAGCUUAAAUUCGAGGCCAUCUCUUACGAAGUACGCGGCUUGAUCCCCGACACCCGGUAUCGAAUGCAAGUCCGAGCUCAUAACAUUCUGGGGUACUCCUUGCCAGCGCAGCUCUAUAUCCAAACAGCCCUCGGUGUGGGGCGAUCUGAUUAUGCAUCUUCCCAACUUCUCUCGAGUGGAGCCAUCAUUGGCGUGGCUUUGGCUGGAGUGUUCUUUUGCCUUAUCGUCGUGGACCUUUUAUUACUUUGCUUCCGACGACAAGGAGUCAUCGCAACCCUUUGCGGUAAGAGAGUCAAGAAACACAACGAUGAUGAAGCCAAACUCGGAAGUCUGUACGGUUGGCGCUUCCCGCUCCCUUAUUGCAGCACCAAGCCGCGCGCGCCGCCCUCCCCCGCACCGUUGCCGCCGCCCGUCAAGCUCGUGCCCACCCCGACGGAUGAAAAGGAACCUCUUAAGGACACAGCGGACGAAGCGUUGAAGAGAAAUUCCUCAGUAGAGUUCGAUGGACGACGCGUAUACGCAACCAGUGGUGGACCAAUCAUUGGCAAGAAUUCCGCCGUUUGAAUUUGGAAUGUUCUCUAAUUGGAUAAAGAACGGACGAAAUCUCAUGUAUUUUUGAUUUUGAUUGGUAGAAUGCAUUCAGUCGCAUUUAUAAAACUUUAUGGGUAUUGAUUUAUGGGAGUUGCAAUGAUGCUAAAGUGAUUGUUUUUUUUAUGGUUGUAACAAGUUAUGUUUUGCAUUAAGCUCUCUUAACACUCUAAUGUUUUUUUUGUAGUUUAGUAAGAAUCGUUUUGCGAUUAUUUUUAUGAUACGUACCUAUAAUAGCUAAUGAAUAUUUAUUGAAAGCUUUAUUGAAUGCAUUCUGUCAUGCAAAUGACUAAAUACGCAAUUUAUACAUGUGAAAAGCUUAUAUUGUAUUUGUGACAAGCGCGAACAGUAUUGGGAACUGCCAAAAGAUUGUUACUCUUAAUAUUAGGUGUGUAUUCAGCUUUACUGUCAUUAUCAUUGUUUACCACCUCGUAUUUUUGUAUCUUCGCCUAUAUUUUGUAGUAUAUUAAAAUUAUUAUAUACUACAUGAAAUUUGUGUGGUUUGUACAAUUAAGACAUCUAUUACUUUAAGUAUAUCCUUUAAUAUAAGUAAUAGGUAUUAUGAAAAGCUUUUAUCCUGACUGCUGGUCCAUUUUAAUCUGUUUAAGAAUUAUGUACCUGAGGUUAAGAUGACUAUAUUCUUAUCGAGUCGACGGGUUUGUUUAAAGUUUUUUUUUGCCCAGUACUUAGUCAUUCAAUCUUUUAAUGAAAUAUAUAACUUGCAUUCAUGCUAACAGCUUGUAUUGUAACCUUUACUGAUUGAAUUUUGGGCUUGUGUACAAGGCUAAAGUUCGUAGGUUUCAUAAGUUUCACAUCAUUUAAAUCUGCAACGAGAGGUCUUUUAUUCAAUUCAAAUCUGCAAAGAUCAGACGGAAUCAAUUGCAAACAAUAUGAUAUAACAACAUAUUGGCGGAGCCUAUGUCUACUCUAUUCAAAUGGAAUAAUUCCAUCAUUGCGCACUUCAGUCUAAUUGUAUAAAGUACACAAAGCUAAUUCUAAUUGUUGCUUCAAAAGGUACAAAGUGUGCCUUCUAGUACUACUUCUUUAUAUGAGGGUAUUAUAUUAGGUUAGUCUACUGUAUAUAGGUACGUUUUACAUACGUGUAAUCAUGUCACAACUUAGGAAUAAUAAAACGCAGCUUAGAUAUGCAAUUCAGUGACCAAAAAAUGACCACAUUAUGUAUAUUAUAACACAAUAUAUAAAAUUCUAUAGCUAUAUAAGAUACAUAAUCACACUGCCCAGUAAAUAUCACUCUAUAAUAUCACAUGCCUUUGCUAAAGUUUUUAAAUAAAUAAAAAAAUAUACGCAAAGUAUACCAGCUUAUUUACGUAUUUAUAUUAAAUUUUAAAAUUUAGAAUAAGAGAACCUAAUUAGCCACAAACUAUCCAAUUGUAAGAUUUGUAAAUAAACAAGAAACUUGUAAAUAUUGCCUUUAGACUUA